AUUGUUUUCUGCUCCAUCUCUAUUUCACCGGCAGGCGCACCGACCGCCUUUCACGCUAAUGCUUCGCUUGCUCUGAGCGUCCUAAGAUGUAGUCACCAUGAACACUGGAACAGAUGACGCGCCUCACCUUUCGCGAAACUACAAAUUCAGAAUACACCUUGGCUAUCAGGAAUCGCUAGGUCAAAGGAAAAUGCCAGCCAAGUUGCAGCGCAGCAGCACGUCCCUGUCAUGUGCAAUUUCGCCCCGUAUCCCUGUCCUCUCUCCUUCUAUUCCUUGGAAAUGGUACUCUAUUUUUGGCCAGUGCUGCGUAGAUCGGCCCGGGGAGCGACACCUAUCGCGCAUCACCCUAUUUGGAUCUUGCAUACCUCUUUGCUAUUCAAAUCGGGCUGAGCUCUGCGCCACGUUGGACCAAGUCUUUGACUUAUGCCGAGAUUCUCUUCAUUUGUUGGAGAUGCACGCCUUGGCGUCUACGCAACAGGGUAUGGAAAAAUCCAGCGAGCAUUCCUGUUCCGAACUCGCGCACUCCCUCGAAGAGGCGUGCUUGUUCUUGGAGUGGUUCUCGAGUUCUUCAAUUCAGCUACGAGACCCCGAUGUCACUUAUUUUGCCCAAGUUUAUUGCGAAGCCUUGAAGCUUCUUUUGCUCAGUUUUCCGCUGCAGGUCGAUGAUUUUGACGACGCGUCGACUUCCAACGCGUCUCCCGCGCCCUUCUCUACCUCAUUCCAGAGCCGGACAACCUGCACGCGGCGCAACAGGGCGUUUGCGAACAUGAUCGCUGCUCCAAUACUCAUGAGGUGCUACUCUCUUGUUACGAUGAAGGCGCUAUGCGAUCGUUCUCCCACUAAUUCUUGUCUGUCUGCUCUCACGAAGGAGGUUAUUGUGAGCCUCAUGCACGAGUUGUUUGUGCUGGUUUUGCAGCACCCGCGAGACGUUGACCUGAUAUUUUGUCCCGACUCUUCGGGGGAGGCGUACAGCGUCCAAAACCUGGUCGUGUCUCUCGUCCACUGCCUAAAUUCUGCAGCUUCCGCGUGCGAUCGGACAUCGGAAUCCGCUUUUUGGACGUUGUUGAAUGACGCGCUGGAUUCAUUUGUCUGGAAGGCGGAUGCCGCUCUGGACCGCGAAGAUCUGGCUUGGACAGUUCUACUGUCUGUUGCCGAAUUCUGCGUUCAGCCAGACAAGGUGGACCGGUGUCUGGCCGUCGGUCGACGGUCGAAUCCGGAAUGCAACAAAAAUCAAACCACCUUCGAGUUCGACCACGGAGAUUGCGUACAGGGCUGGUGUCUUGUCCAUAUGCUCCUUUGCAGACAGCUGUUCGGUAUCAAGUCGUCAGAUACACAGUCCGUCAAAGAGCUGCUAUCGCAUAGCAAACGCCUUCAAAACAGCACUCGAGCCAAAGACUUGCUCGAUCGGUGCUUCUAUUUCGCUUCUCUCUGGAAGACGGUAAGCACCGAAGUCAUCGGGCUGUUGUUUGAUUACUUCGUCGAAAGCCCUUUUGAAGGAGGCGAACUCGAGAUAUUAAAGCCCGGCUACUACGGCGAAUACUAUUCGCUCUAUUGCUCACCUUCCGUCACCGGCCGAGUCAGCGACGCACCAAAAAUAAGCUCGUUCGAUUAUUUCUUAGUUUUUCUUGAUUUGCACCUGUCCUCGCUCUCGAACCGCAGCUUCCAGGUCACCCGAAUGAUGACGACUCUGCUCACGAAGCUGAUACGUCUGGCCAGCCAAGGCGACUCGGACGCCGACGUGAGCUCGGAAUCCCUUUUGACGAGGAACCUGUUCCAACUCAUGUUGGUCCUGUCGAAAUUUAUGACCGUCAAGCAAAAAGAUUCACUUCCACUUACUAUCAAAGACAAGAUCAACUUUAAGACCACGUCCACUCUCACUCGCCGCAUUAUCAUAACCGGUCUGUUCUACUUGGCGGACUCAAUGCGGACGUCCGCCGAAUACAGCGCUUCAUCUGACUGCAACAGCGGGUGGUCACAGCAGGGCCACGACGGAGCCAUGCAACUGCUCCAAGCGGUCCUCGAUGCACAAUGCGACGCGCUCCUCAACAAGCGCGACGAGCUGAAACGCAUGUGGCCCAUACACGGACACUCCAGCCAGGGCUGGUCGAAAUUUCGUUCCGAGCCGCUCCAAGUGCAGAGUCAAGUUCAAAAACUGGAAUCGUUGGUUUCGUGCUAUGUCGAGCACUACAAGAAAUACCUCCAACAGAGCGACCUGCCGCUCACUUCGUACUCCGCUUCCUUCGUGAGCGGUGCUCUGUGGGACGUGAUCGUCGCCUUACAAGCGGACGCUCGCGUCGUGUCUAGCACAGUUGAAAAAAUUUUCGACGUUUUCAGUUUGAUCGCCCUCAAAGUGCUUCGGUGCUCGCUCAAUUCGCGCGAUAUCCACGCGAGCGCGCUGAAGUCUUUUUGCAGCCAGGUGAUUGCCAACGUGUUUCAGAAGUGUCGGAGUCUGAUCGACGGCGCGUCGGAUGAGGCCCUGCUGGCGGCCGAAUGCCUUGGGAGAAUAGGCCCUAUAUUGACGAUUAAUGCUGUUUGCACUUGGAAUUUUUUUUUUAAAGAGUACGUCAUGCACAACUUUUCCGUAAACGACGUUCUUCUGCGCCGUUACACCGCACGUGUCGUUCCGGCUCGUAUAGCGCGUGGCCUCCUCGACACGCUCACCUACGAUCCCUCCCUGAGCCGACUUUUCCCCGUCGAACAUCUCAUCCUGCUCCUGUCUAUCUGGACGCAUUUGGCCGUCGAGCCUUUCUGCGCGGGCCAGUACGAUUUGUUCGUCAAGCUGAAGACACUCGCGGAGUUCCGGCAUUCGUCGAUCGACGCCGACAAGGGCAACCCACUGCUCGAAUUCGUCCUCUCUCUUUGCAAGGACAUGCCGCUCGCCCUGAUUGCGCCCCUCGAAGACGAAAGCACGUUCACUAUUCGAUCGCUGUCUCAGACGCUCCACUAUUUCCUCGACCGCCUGCACGCCUACUUGCAGAAGAUGGACGCCGCAGUUCUCUCGGCCAAGUUAUUGAAGGCCGGUCUCACUCUGAACGCUCUCUUCAAGUACAUGGCCGUCGUCCUGCCCUACACGCAGUACGAUGUCCUCCGUCGCGCGUAUCCCUCGAUACCGGCAAAGCUGUAUCCCGACCUGGCCUACGAGUACGAGGAUUUCGUUUUUUCAAUAAUUGGAAAACUAUUUACGUUUUUUCCCUCUCUCAUAUAUAAUAAAGCGGAGCUUCACCUCAGCACCUUUCCAAAACUAGUCGAGGACUUCAUCGUCAGCAAGUUCAAGACCGAGCCUUUGCUUCGAACGUGCCCCAGCCGCUCUUUUCGUUUCGGCCACCAAGUAAAAGACGAUGACUGCACAAACGCCCCCUCGGCGUCCAACUUCGUUUUGCAGCUGCCAACUGCUUUGUACGCGAUUGCCCAGCUAAAGUUCGCGGCCGAUCGCUUCCUCAUUCGAAUGGUCGUAAAAAUUGUCUUGUCCGUCUUCAACUCCAUAAAAAGCGGCUCGUCUUCUGAAAUUUUGAUGCUUAGUCACUUAACGUGUGGUUUCUACGUUCCAGAAGCUCAGACGGCCUUGCCUCACGGCCAACUCGACGCCUGCGUCGCGGAUCUCCGCCGCUUCUUUCUGACCAACAUCCUGCCCUGGAUGAUCGACUGCGCCUACUCCUUUACCGUCCCCGAAAAGACGCACACUCUCAUUUUCGUCAUCAGCCGUUUUCUGCGCCUUCUCUUGGACUUGGAAACCUCCUCUCUUACUCGCACCUCGAACGUCACGUCCCACUGCCAAGAAUUCUUCCUAAUCGUCUAUCACGUGCUCGACGCGCUGAGAAUCUGCAACCCCAAUACUCAGUCCUCUGCUGUCAAAACCGAACUCUACUCGUGGCUCACCGACUUCUUCUGGUCUCUGCUUUCCGCAAAAAAAGACAAGGAAUUCUUCGACGGCCGCGUAUUCGCCCCCUCCUUCCGACUCCUGGACCGAGACACCUUCGACCAAAUGCAACUCGCCCUAGCAGAAAUACUCGAUUGCAUAGCAACCGACUUAGAACAUCUGGUACAACACACAUUUCUGCCCAGUACGCCCCGAGCGCACUUCCUAAAUUCGGGGCUCGGAUCCUUCAGGAACGCCCUGUUCGAAGAGAUUGUCAAAGAGGACAGCGACGACAAAUUCGUAGUCGUGGCCAAGAUCGAGCUUUGCGACAACGACCUCCUGGCCAAAAGGAAGCAACUGGUGUUUCAACUCUACCAUCUCAUCCAACAGCUACGAGAGUCGGGCGCUGCCCUCCAAAUCGAAGCCAUGCUGCCAGCGCUGAAGCAGAAGGUCUACCCUAUCACGUCAAACGUCAAAAUUACAAACAGCAUCAUCACGAAACUUAUUCAGACCAAGUACGAGGAACUUGCACAGUCCUUCCAAGCUGCGCCUUCGAGUCCGGAUUUGUGACGCUCGCAGCCCAAAAGGGCCUUCGCGCUCCGAGCGCGCGCGCGCGACGCGCAUGCAGCACCCCCCCCCUCGUCGAACCCUGCUGACCUUCGUAUGUGUCAGGCGUCCACGCACUUUUUUUUGACAGGUCUGUGUUCGAACGCGUUUGUGCACGUACACUCUGACAGCUCAUUUCUAUGCGGGAUUGUCUUCGACCUUAGGUGCCGUGGUGUCUGUCCGCGGCGCCGCAAGGCUGGCUGGUUUGAGACUGGCUGGUACGAGGAGAAAAGCGUAAAAAAAAUGCACCAAGCCCCCUUUUGA